CCGGGUUUAACCUUUCCAAUUCUCAACUCUCAUGGGUAAUGAACAAGUGCAUUUCAAUUCCAAUCGAUCACAACUAUCUUCUAUUUAAAGCGCAGCUUUGGUUCAAGGCUCUUCAGUCUCAGUAUAUAGUCGUUUCCAAGUCUCCCCAGAAUCUGUAAUCUGCAACAAGAAAACAUCUUCCAAUCCAGGAAAAAAAUGCCUUCCGGUCCAAAGAAAAGGAGAGCUGCCAAGAACAAGGAAGCUGCAGCCAAAGUUGUUUCAAGCAAUGCACAUGGUUCUGGAAAUACUGCGGAGUCUACGGAGAAGGCAUCAUUGACUUUGAUGAACACCAUUGUCAGCGAUGCUUCCACUAAUAAAGAACCAGAAAAGGUUGUGGAUGCAUCAUCUGCUCCCGAGGAAUUAUCUCAGGUAACCAAGGAGUGGGUUAAUGGCAAUGACGACGAAAAAGCAUCGAAAGUGAUCAAUGAGUGCUGCAUAGCUUCGUCUGAAUCAGUUGAGGGGUCUAAUGAAUCCCAAAUCUGUAACAAUGGCGGCCCCUCUGAGGGAAAAGCUGAACACAUUUCAAGCAUAUGUGUUGACAAUGUUGCUGCAGACCCUCUGAAAGGGGAUGAUGAUGGGCCAGAAGAAAUUGGGAGUGCCACUUGCAUUGCUGAAUCUGAGGUGAAAGUCUCUGCGACAAAUGCCUCCAUUGGAACACCAGUCGCUGCAGAUGUUCCUGAAGAAAUCGAGAAGGUAGCUUGCAUUGCCGAAUCUGAGGCGAAAGUCUCUCUAGAAAGUGUUGAAGCCACUGCCACCAUUACGGCAGCUGUGCAAAGUGAAAUCUUGGAAGUGAUCUGUCAGAAAGAUGAUAUUAGCAUGACAGAGAAGAUAGUGUCUAACAAUGAGAAGAAGGAUGCACCUGUGAUGUCGUCUGAGAUUGCUGCCAAGGAUGCUGAUGAGUUUUUUAUUCAGAAGGAUGGUGUUAAAGUGGUGAAUGGGUGUGAAAUAACGUGCGACGUCGAAGGGAAAGACGAUGGAGCUGAGUUUGAUGCUGAGUUUCUGACUUCUAAGAUAGAUGAAGUGGUCAGUAGCAUAUCAGUUGCUCAUGAUGGGAAAUUUAUAACCCAUCUUAAAUUGAUGUUUUCCGCCAUUGGCCUCAAAGAUUUUAAUGCUGCGGUAUUUGAUGAACAUUAUAGUAAGUUGAUGGAGGUGGUGGAACAAUUUGAACGUGAAGCUCAGGAGUUUAAGGCUGUUUUGUUCAUGCUCAGGAAACUUAAGAUGUCUGCUGCGGCUGCUCUUACUACCUGAUCCAAUUUGGCAUUCUCCCUCCUUUCUACUUCUUUGUAUGCUAUCAAGUAUUAAUACAUAUGGAUGUUUUAAAUGUUUUGUGAUGAACCUUUUGCAUCAGCAUUGUUUUGUUCAACUGUUUCAAUUUCUAAACACUUCAUGCUUUUUCCCUGCUAUUUAUGGAUACCUAAUUGGAAGGCC